AUGCGCUCGACGCUGCAUCCUCACCUGAAGCGAGGGCUCGACCAUGACGACUUCUAUCUGGACCCCGCAGACAUGAUCGAGGACAUACCACACGAGUACAGAAACUCGCAAGAGCAGGCUGCCAAGCGACAGAGAGUCGAGAAGAUUGCGGCACAAUACAUAAAAGGGAGGCUGCCUACGAUCCUGACAGCAAGCCUGCGAGGUCCCUUCAACGAUGGCUGGAAGAACCCUUGGGCAAAAGAGAAGAAAGCCAAGCGGAGAGUGUUGAAUAAGGAGAACAGUACAAGCAGUGACGGGAAUGCCGUACGUGGGAAGGCAGGGCCGAGAAAGAAUAAGCCGACAGAGACGGAGAGGCGCACGAGGAGCGCAGGCAAAAAGGCCUCGGAAGAACAAGCUGUUGCUUCGCCAGAGACGUCCAGGGCCAUACAUAGCCACACGGAGCAGUAUGAAGAAAGCCAUACACUCGACGUCAUCGAAGUUCCGCCUGCCACGGCCCCUUCUCCAGACCAGGACACAUCUAAGCAGGUGGGUCUCGACGAGACCGCAGCUCCUAAGCAGUCUGAGAAUGGUCAUCCCACUCCACUAAUGCCAGAGUCUUCAACUGGGUUUGUUUACAAAAAGGUUGGAAGCACGAAGUGGAACAUCAGCAAUGCUCCAAGGUCGAAACCACGAGCAGUCAACUUCAAUUCAUCUCCUGCCGGCAAGGACAUUGCAAUACCGAGUAAGCCAAGUUCGCAGAAAAGUGAUACCGUUGGCGGGAAGACACUUGGAGCACUACCGACCGCAGUCGAAGAUGUGCUCCAGCCAGAAAAGCCGAUGAGUAGAAGCGAGCCUGAUGGGCUGGCUCAAGAGCAGGAGAGCCUCGUGUCCAAUACCUCUAGUCGCCAGUCGGCCAUGUCAACACAGGCUGCGAUGCUGCUUGCGCAACGGGAAUUCCAAGAAAGCACAUUCCCAACAUCGUCUUCCGAGACCCCUCGGCCAUGGUCACAGCCAGAUGAGGAGACCCCGUGGCAGAUUUUGCCCGAGCUCAGUCCUGCCAUAACUCCUCUCUCGGUCUUCAGACCGCAGCUAGAGCAGGCACAUCCGUUGGCCAGCGUGCCUCGGGGGCCACCUCUCAGUACACAAGAUCUGUUUGCUGCAGCUUCGCCAUUCGCCUUCAGCACAAUCAAGAAGAAGUCAGAUGCGCCUCAACAUAGCAACCUGAGGAUGUCUCUGACGUCUUUCAGUGAUCCAGAUGAGCACACUUCCUAUGCCUCUCAGCAAAGUCCAUCCUACUCGGACCGAAUACCACUAAAGGAGAAGAAUGUCGCACCAAGCCCGUGGAAGCUUAGUUUUGAGAAGGCGCGACAGAAUUCACAGCACUCAUACAAGGGUGACAAGAAACGAUCCGUCGGUGAUGUCGAACUUCCACAACUUGACUUCCGCACCUCGCUGGACGAUUACGGGUCUACUGGGUCAUUCCGCUUCGCAGACCGUCUCUUGCGUAAUCCGAACGACCCCUGA